GGUCCCUAUGUGCGUCAGUGCGCGGUUAAGAAUCGCGGGGGAAACUGUGCCAGGCGACGUGGUCGUGGUCGAUACGUCGGGGACGAUGUAAAUCCGGCCCUCCGCGAGGACCCCGCUCACGGUAGGACUCCCGCUCCGCAGGACUCUCGCCGGAAUUUUCGAAAAUUCGGCCGACCCUGACGUGGGAGAGGAUGGCAUGCCCGACGAGAGCCGCGUGCAGGAUAUCGCGUCGGUGAUUUCGAUCGGCUGCGAGGACUGGCGCCCCGAGGACCGUCGGAGGAGGCUGCAGCCUGCGAGCAUGAGAGUGUUAUGGUAAAGGUAGUUCUCGGCAGGAGAGGCAAAUGGAGAUAAGAGGAGAGAAAGCGGAGGUAUUUUGACAGCCUCGGCACUUGUCCCCGGGAAUGCCUCGAAUGCCUGUGCCGGUACUCCUCGGUAGCUGGGGCUGGGGAUUUUUCGCCAUAUUCCUCCUGCUUCUGGCCACCCCCAGUCCCGCUGCCAUUCGCAGAGCGGACCGAGGCCACUGCAACAAAACAGUCGACAUUUACGAGGAUGUGUCGAGUCCGGCGGUGACCCCAGCGAAUUGGGGCAAGCCCCUGUCGUGCUGGUACCGCUUCCGUGCCUUCCGCGGGACGCCCCGGGACUGGAUUCUGCGGGUGCGCUUCAAGAAGUUUAAGGUCGGGGUGCUGGAGAACGCCACCACCUGCAGCGGCGGCUAUCUUCAGAUCAUCGACGGCAACACGAAGACGGAGGUGAGCAAUCGCAAGGACCCGGGCGUCUACUGCGGCGAGUCCGAGCAGCCGCAGACCUUCAUCAGCGAGACCAGCUUCGUGCGGGUGAUCUUCCACGCGGACAAUUUCACCGAUCAGACGUACUUCAGCUUCGAUUCGCGCGCCGAGCAGCAGUUCGAGGUGUAUCUGAGAUACGGCCAGCACCCGGAGCUUUAUCCGAAUCGUCGCGGCGAGAUCGUGCCCGGCAGUUACUGCGAGCGCGUGUUCAAAGACUGCCGGCUGCAGACGUGCUACGUGCAAAGCCCGGCUUAUCCGGGCAUCUAUCCGCGCGCGCUGCACUGCAAGUAUCGGCUGAACACGCGGCUGCCGUUCAUCAAGCUCUACAUCGAGAACGAGGAGUUCAACAUCGACGGGCAGCGAUGCGAGAACAUCAUGACGUGCCCGAUGCGACCGAUCAGCUCCGGCUCGGAGCACUGCCCCUACGAUUACAUACGCGUGUACGACGGUAAGAACGAGAGCAGCCCGGUGAUCGGCACGUUCUGCGGAAUGGGCAAGUUCCCGUACAGCAUCAUCGGCACCAGCGAGGACCUGUACGUGGAGUUCGUGUCGUCGCCGGCGGGUCCGCUGCUCAACACCGGCUUCCACUUCAACGUGGGCAACUGGCCCGGCCACGUGGAGACCGCCGGCGUGAAGAACGGCAGCUGCGACUGGCUGCUGAACAGCGAGUCCCUCGUCAGCGGCAACGAGGGCAUCUUCCUGUCGGUCGCGCACUGGUAUCCGCCGCACACCAGCUGCACGUAUCUGCUGCGCGGCCGACCCGGCGAGAUCGCGCGCCUCUACUUCCCCAGCUUCCGCGUGAAUCGCAUCGAGUCGCCGAUACAGCCGUACGACGGCGACUGCGGCGAGAGCCUGACCCUCUACGACGCCGACUGGCCGGACGACGCGCGUAUCAUCAAGACCUUCUGCGACACGUUCAGCAAGCCGAUGGAGAAGCACGACUUCGUGUCGACGUCGAACGCGCUCUUCGUGCGAUUCGAGAGCAAGACCGGCAGCUACUCCGGCAGCUCGCUCUACUACUGGGCGCACUACGAUUUCUUCAACGCCACGCGAUUCGGCGAGCCCGUCGACGGCACCGAGUGCGACGAGAUCUUCGCCUCGUGGAAAUCGCGCUCCGGCCGGCUGCGCUCGCCGCUCAACACCCUCGUGUACAAGAGACCGGGCGAUCCGCCCGCCGAUCUGUCCUGCACCUACAGCUUCGUCACGGACAAGCGAUUGUACGCGCGAGUCAUCCUCGUCAUCGAGUCCAUCAACUUCAAGGAGCAUCCGUACGUGCAGUGCGGCCACUGCCGAGACAGCCGGGUAGACCGAGUGAUCGUACGCGAGCCCGGUCCCGACGGCGUCAAAUCUCACUGCCUCUGCCGUUCGAAUAAUAACGGCACCCCCGCGCCCACGAGUUCCCCGUCGGGCCCGCGACCGCCCGUUCUCAGAGUCGUUUCCCGCGGCGACAGACUGGACCUGAAACUCCUGGUGGACGGCGCACACGCGGCCUCCAGCUACUUCAAGUGGCCCGCGCCGCUCUUCGAGGCGAGUUACGAGUUCGCGCACAGCCCGCUGUGCGGACCGGCCCUCUUGCCGGCCACCACCGACGGCGAGAUCGAGUUCCCGCACUACGAGGCGCUCGGAUACGUCACGCCGCCCAGAUCCAUCAAGUGCAUCUGGGAACUGCGGGUGAAUCGCGAGCGCGAUCUCUGGCUGCACUUCGACAAAAUCAAGUUCGCGUCGCGCUCCUGCGAGGACGGCAAGCUGGAGAUCUUUCUGCCGGGCAGCGCCGAGCCGUAUCUGGGAAUCUGCGGCGAGAACGUCAGCCACGUGAGGGAGUUGCCGAUCAUAUCGGCGGCGCAGAUCACACCGACGACGGAACAUCCGGUUCCGGGCGUCAGCGCCACGGCCGCCGACGGCGGCGAGGAAUCGCCCGCCGUGAUCCUGCAGUUCACCGGCUCGAUGGCGCCGGCGCGGGCGGCCUUCAAAAUCGCCUGGACCGAGCUCUUUCAUCUGCCUCGCGACGGCUCCGGCGCCCUCAACACCGGCAAGCUCGAGGACUGCGGCUUCCAGUGUCCCGGCGACGCGGGAUGCAUCCCGGCGAGGCUGCUCUGCAACGGCGUCGUCAACUGUCCGAGCCGCGGUCUGCCGAUACUCGGCAUUCUGACCAACAGCACCUUCUACGAGCCGGACGACGAGGCGGUGGAGACGUGCGGCGGUCCCGUCAACGGCAACGGCAACGGCUUGACCGGGCCUGCCGGCUGGGCCGGCGCCGGUCUGGGCGCCGGUCUGGCUAUUCUUCUAGGCCUGGCGUGCUUCAUCGCCGUUUGCAGGCUCUGCCGAGGACGAUCGCGCUCCAGGGACAUUCACGUGCCCUAUUAGACUGCGCGCGAUCGAUCCUUCGCGGGCGCAUGCACAAUCCCAAACGACGCGGAAGUUUUAAUUUAAUUCAUGGCCAUUUCUCGAGGAAUCAAGAUUCUUCGUUCUUAUUUU